UGUUCAAGUUACCUGCAAGCAAUCUUCAGUAUGUGACAUCUAUAACAUUCUUACUUACAACCUAUUCCAAGUAUAUGGCAGCUACAAAGCACACAUUUAACUGUGGUGGCGUCUUUGUCACUCCGAAUACCUUAAGAACUGUUGCGAAAAGACAGGUAGACAAUAUAUUAGGUGAAAAUCCACUUAGAAUGUCCUAUAUGGUAGGUUAUGGUCCAUAUUUUCCCAAGAGAAUUCACCACAGAGGAUCUUCAUUGCCUUCACUAUCAGUUCAUCCGCAGACAAUAGGAUGUGAUGGAGGUUUCAAUCCGUUUUUCCAUUCAAUGAAUCAGAACCCUAAUAUAUUGGUUGGAGCCAUAGUUGGAGGUCCAAACCAGAACGACGGAUUUCCGGAUGAUCGCGGUGAUUAUAGUCAGUCAUUGAGAACCAGCAACUUACAUCAAUGGUGGGAUUGUUGGACCUUUAGCGUACUUUGCCGGUAGCAAUUAAUGUUAGAUUUGACUUUGAUAGCAAGGUUAAAAACAGAACACUGCUAUCGAAGUGUAGAUAUUGUCUCAUCUCUACCCAACAAAGGGAUGUCUACCAAAUCAAAAACAGAUGGUGGUAGACUAUGAAGGGAGAAGUGUUUUUU